AUGCAGGAAAAACUAACAUCCCUGUCUGACAUUCUCCGAGCCAAGUCCACCCUCCUGGAAGCUAAACUAGCACAGAAGCAUGUUUUGGAGGUCGGGGAUCAGGCGAGCCAGCUGCAGCAGUUUGUUACUUUGGAGUUUGCGAAGAUGCACCAGGUCCUCAUGAGGGUGGAGAAGCGACUGAUUUUAGAACUGAAGGAGAAUGUGGAGAUGAUCUCGGACAAGCUGCAGAGAAACCUGCAGGACAUCCAGCAGAAUCUAAAUGACAUCCAGGAAAAGCUGUCGAGAUCACAAUCCCAGCUGGACCAGGAGGAUACCAUUGCCUUUUUAAUGGAUCAAGCUGAACAACACAUGAGCGAGGACUCAGGCCAGCUUCUCCUGGCCACUGACUGCUUGCCGAUGGGAAUAUUCCGAGGACCUCUGCAAUACAGUGCCUGGAAGGAAAUGGCAGAGAGCAUCAGUCCAGUUCCGGCUUCAGUGACCCUGAAUCCUGAGACAGCUCACUCCUGGCUCCUCAUUUCAGAAGACCUGACCACUGUCAGAUACGCAAACCGGCAGCAGGAGCUCCCCGACACCCCGGAGAGGUUCAACCCAUCUCUCUGCGUGCUGGCCUCCCAAGGAUUCGUGUCGGGGCGGCAUUACUGGGAGGUGGCCGUGGGAGAGAGCUCCGAGUGGGACGUGGGAGUGGUGAAGGAGUCCAUCAACAGGAAAGGGGAUAUCACGGCCAUCCCGCAGGCCGGCUAUUGGAUCGUCUGGCUGAGGAACGGCAACGAUUACAAGGCCGGCUCAGUGCCUCGCACCCCCCUGAGACCCAACGCCAGGCCCCGCAAAAUCGGCGUCUACCUGGACUACGAGGGUGGCCAGGUUUCCUUCUACAAUGCGGACGACAUGUCCCACUUGCACACUUUCACUGACCUGUUCACCGAGAAACUUUACCCUUUCUUCAGCCCCUGCCUGAGCGGGCACGGGGAGCGCUCCGAGCCGCUGAAAAUCUGCCAGUCCAGAUUUCAUUAAAGGCUGAAGCGCUGAGUCCUGGUGGUUCCCGAUUUAUUACUGACCUUCCCUCCCUCAAUCUUUCUCUCCCCACAGCUCAGGCAUGGACCCGUUUUGGGGUGAAAUCUAGCACAGGGCAUGGGAAUGUGGCCCGUUCGGUCUGUGGUACCACCCGCCCAGUGGAGCUGGUGCCCAUACCAGGCAGCGGGUGCCCACCUGUUGGUGCUGCAUUGUCACCUGUCUCCCUCUGGCUGUGCUGCUCCUGAUGGUCUUGUCUGUUUCUCAUCGCUCACUCCUCCCUUCAUCUGCUUCCACGCGCCUUUUCUGAAGCAACUUUCCUCAGUCCCUCUCUCCAAGGGCGCAUGGUUUAACAUGGGCUGCAGCCAAAGUCACCUCCGCCUGAUUUACACGUUAGCCCUCUAACCCCUUUGGCAUAUGCUAUUGGUAUUAGUUCCAACCGAUAUAACCCACAAGGCCUACUCUGGUGAUUCUUUGAUUCCUAAUUCCUUAAAAUCCCCGUCUUCCUGUUCAGAAAGCCAGCUCUUCCCAGUAUUCUCCUGGCUUCUCUUAACCCAGCAGCAUUCUCGCUCAGCCCGUCUUCUCAGUCCGACUGCUUGUGUUCAGAAACAGAAAACUGCUCCCUUUUUUUCCUGUCUGUCAAAGUUUAAAACCUGGUUCUCAACUUUCCAUAGGUACUGGCCUGUGCCUCCUUCCCCGUGACAAUGAAAUCAAUGGACCAAGCAGAGUUUGGGGGUAAUCAGCAAAUUUUCAAGACAUGUUUUCCCUCCAGUUAAGGGGAACAUUUUAAAACCUAAGCACUUAUAAAGUCUUAACAUUUCUCCCACUCCCUCAUCCCCUAAGCAUUAGCAAAAUACAUUAUUGUUGUGUUGAUUUUUCU